AUGGAAGGAGUAUGGAUCGACGUAAAGAGAGCCAUAGCAAAUUGGAAAAAAAAUCAAGGACGUCAUUCAACCACGUGGAACGCAAAUAACAAAAGACGAUGGGGGUACUUUAUCAGAGUAAAAAAUAGUAAAGAAAUCGCGGUAAAAUAUGCUAAAAGAGCAUUGUACAUAAAUUUUGCGGGCAAUGACAACAUUAUCCUGUGCGAGCUUCUAGAUACUAUAACGCCUCCAACAACCAGAUUUAAGCAAGGCACCACACCUUACAUUUUCUGCCCUUGGCCAAGAUGCAACAAACAAACAACAUUCGAUGCAAAUGGCGCAGCGAUCAUCUCACGAAGCACAGCAGAUGAACACUUUCCACGACAAAGCACUCAAAAUGUCCCUGCAGGUGUACCCGGUCUGCUCUCGGUUCGACUCUCUUCUAGACGCAACACCGUUCGAAAACCAAAUAACAAAGCGGUGAUCGAAAAUGUUGAAGACGGAGAAAACGAAUCAAACUGCGACAUGAACAUUGAACCGCCAAGAAAGAAUUCUCGUAUUUACGAAGACUGA